UAACCCAAGGAUAUUGAUUACAUGCAGUUAUUCAGUCCGUGACAAAAAAAGUUUGUUGUACAAAAUGAAAUAUGUGAUAGUGUUUUUAUUGUGUUUUGCUCUAAUUGGACAGUCUGUAGGUCAGUUUCGAUGUUAUGUAUGCAGUUAUUCGUCAACGGAAUCUGAACAGUCUUGUUUGACCAUAACCGAACAAACAAACUCAGUAGAAUGUAGCAAUCCAUUUUGUACCAUCUUCAGGCAAGAGUAUGUAGAUCCUAUCGGAGUAGUGGCAAGUUUCAGACGAGAUUGUGAAGCGUCGCCAGAGUAUCUUAACCACGAUACUAUUGACUCCACUUUUAGAACUUACUAUAGAGCAUGUAACCACGACUUAUGUAAUAUCGGCAAUGGAAUCCAAUCUAUUGUUGGGGGUCAGCUGUCCCCUAGACCAGAAUACACGGGACUGAAUCUGGUCGUUCCAGGAAUUGGACGCGGAAAUGCUACUAAUUUAAAAAUUUACCUAUUUACUGUCAUUAUAUCUUUGUUUAUUACUAUGUUUGUUUAAUAUAA